UCUCUCUUCUCUUUAAAACCAUCAUUAUGGAUCUAAACAAACUAAUUAUCCCCUUAAUUCUAAUUAGCUUUAUUACCACCUUCCCCUUCAAGGUAAAGAGCUUAAAUUGCUCCAUCUCUAAGUGUGGUGAUCUUUCGAGCAAUCCAAAUAUCCGAUACCCAUUUCAGGUCAUGAAUUUGGGCCAACAACCCAACUCUUGUGGGAAACCCGGUUUUGACGUAUGGUGUGAUGGAGGGUCAUCCAAGUACAAUACCCUUAUUGAUCUAGGGUCAAAUUCAGGUAAUUUUAGUGUGAAAAGUAUAGAUUAUGGAGCACAAGAAAUGUGGAUAAAUGAUCCUAACAAUUGUCUCCCAAAAAGACUCUUUACCUUAAAUCUUACAAGCUCUGCUUUUGCCCCUAUUUAUCACCAAGAUUUCUCCUUUUUCAAUUGCUCAAAGAACCUAAAAACCACCCAAAAUAACACAAAUUUUAAGGGUCUUAUUGGUCCAAUCAAAUGUCUUAGUGGAAUAAAUCAUUUUAUUUAUGCAAUUCCUUCAAAUGGUACAAAUAUUAAUAACCAUAUGUUUUUGUCACCUUUAAAUUGUUCCGUUAUUGCACCUUUGGUUAAGGUUCCGGUCCAAUGGCCACCCUCAUUACAUGAUAAUACAAUUUUAUCCCUAUCAUCUGAGCUCCAUGACGACCUCCGGCUAUCUUGGUAUAUGCCGGAGUGCCGACCAUGCGAGGUGAAAGGUCAAAUGUGUGGAUUGGAAAUCGAUUCGAGUGGUUCAAACUCCAUCAUAUGCUCGAGUAUUCCUAAUCAAGGUGAGGGUAGGAAAUUGCCCCUCUCCACGUUCAUAGCAGUGAUAUUGGUGAUAUGUUCACCCUUGAUCGUGUGUGUACUUGUCUCGCUCAUUAUUGGAAUAAGACAUUGCUACAAACAUAGAAGAUCAAUUCCCAGUGCUCAAACUGGAUCAGGGUCUAAUCAUGGGCAACCAGGCCCACCUCACAUUAGCGAAUUGGGCCUUGAAGAAAUCAACAUAGAGUUUGCAAGGCAAGUUGUUCAAUUGGGCCUAAGUGAAGUACCCGACCCAAAUUAUCGGCCCACAAUAGUAAUAAGUGAGAUACAGGAAUUGGGCCAAGGCCCAAAUAGAGAAAAUGAGAAUACAUGUGCUAUAUGCAUGGCAGAAUAUCGAAGGAAGGAUAGAAUCGGAACAUUACCAAUAUGUGGGCAUUAUUUUCAUGCAAAUUGCAUAAAUAAAUGGCUUCUUUCUUGUGGUAGGUUUGGAAAAACAUGUCCCAUUUGUAGGACUCCUGUUGAUUCAUUAUGAUAUGAGCUACUCUUGUGAUAGACCGUCUCUCGGUGAGACGAUAUCAAAACAAGGAGUUCGUAUGCUAAUAAUUAUAUUAGUUGGGUUAUUUAGCCUAUGUAUAUAGAGCGUCUUAUUGAAAGACUGUUAUAUGCAAGAUUUUGUGUUAUGCCAUUCAUUAAAGGAUUUUUCUU